AUGGUGGAUACUGAUUACAAGAAGGCACGAAAAUUUAAAGGCGGACUGGAUUUGGAAGUGUUUGACCGAGUAAGCGUCUUGAAAUUGCCUACCUAUGUGGAAGUCUUAGACAUAGUGAUAAUGGCAGAAGCCACAAUAGCAGCAAUGAAACAAGCCAAUGCACCAAUAACAGAAUGGAGAAGCAAAAGAUCUGGGUCUAAUUUUCAGAAGGGAUGUUCCUUCUUCGCAAACAAAAAGCAAAAUACUGGAUCUUCAAGCAGCUCAAGCCAAAGUAGUGAGUCUAUGCUAAUCUGUUUAGAAUGUGGAAGGAAACAUAAAGGCAUGUGUCAUCGUGCAUCGGGUGCGUGUUUUCAUUGUGACAAAACUGGUCACAUGAUUAAGGGUUGUCCAAUGAGGUUUGACAAUGCAAACCAUCCAACAGCAAGUUCGGCCAGAUCUACUCCAGUAAUGAGGCCCAAUGCAAGAACCAAUGCCAAGAAUAACACCGGGAAUGAAACACUAAGGCAGGGGAGAGUGUUUUCUCUAGUACCCGGAGAUGUACAAAAUACUGAACCAGUAGUGUCAGGUAUACUUUCUGUCUGUGCACAGAAUGCCUAUGUGCUAAUUGAUUUUGGUUUUAUGCAUUCAUUUGUAUCACAUGUUUUUUCUCGAAAGUUGGCUAGAUUUUUAGAACGCAUGAAUUGCAUACUAUCUGUGUUUACACCAUUAGGAAGUUCUAUGAUGUGCACUUAUGUAUAUCCUGCAUGUGAUGUUUUGAUUGGUGAUAUGACAUUGUGCAUUGAUUUGUUGCCUUUGAGCAUUGACCACUUUGAUUGUAUAUUGGGUAUGGAUUGGUUGUCGAAAUAUGGUGCCACUAUUGAUUGUGUGAAUAAAACCUCCACGUUUAAACCACCCGGUAUGCCUGAGUUUGUAUUCACAGGGAAUGGGAUAUUUCCUCCACCAUACUUGAUUUCAUAUAUGAAAGUCAAAAGAUUUUUGAGAAAAGGGUGUCAGGGCUACUUAUGCGGUGUGUUGGCUAUGUCUUCGGAUAGUACCAGUGUGGAACUUAUUCCUGUGGUUUGUGACUUUCCGAAUGUGUUUCCUAAUGACCUACCUGGCAAGUUAAUUGAUAGGGAAAUUGAGUUUACCAUUGAUAUAGUACCUGGAACACAACCUAUCUCUAAAACUCCGUAUAGGAUGUCGACUUCUGAACUGAAAGAAUUAAAAGUUCAACUCCAACAACUCUUAGAUAAGAAAUUCAUCCAUUCGAGGAAAGCCAAUACAGCCGUAGAUGCUUUGAGCCAAAAGUCUAUUGCCAGUUUGUUAAGUUUGCUCACCGGACAGACAGAAUUGUUAUGCGAUUUGGAAAAGAAUGAAAUUGAAGUUGUACUACGAGAACAAGGUGGGACCUUAGCUGCUAUCUCUGCCCAGCCUGCAAUCAUCGAAAAAUUUUAA